AUAAGCAGAUGUAGCUUCAAGUCUGCUCAAAUUAUAAUUUAAAAGAAAAAGACACAUUCUCGCGAGACUGUAGCUGCACCGGGCAACACAUCCAUGCCAUAGUCGUGAAAGUAUUAUAAUAAAGAAAAAUAGAUACUUUAUAAACUAUUUGUCAGUGAUACAGAGCAUUUCACAGAUUUGAAUAUGUGAGGUUCAAACAUUACUAUGUCAUUACCAUCGUCUGUGAAGUUUCAUUAAAUGUUUAGAGAUAAGAGUAGAGAUGCUUACCCGGUCACUAGCAUGCAAACAGCUUAAAUGCUAAAGCUAAACCUAGUGUAGGACAACGUUUUUCCACAACAUUUAUAGAAAUAUUUAAUUUAUUACCGCUUUACAAGUUUCUUUUAUCAGUAAGUGAACAAUGAAGUGUCAUUAUGAAAUCUUGGGAGUGAAGAGAGAUGCAGGAGACGACGACUUGAAGAAAGCUUAUCGCAAAUUAGCACUGAAAUGGCAUCCAGAUAAGAACUUGGACAAUGCUGAGGACGCAGCGGAGCAGUUCAAGUUGAUUCAGGCAGCGUAUGAAGUCUUGAGUGACCCACAGGAGAGAGCUUGGUAUGACAAUCACAGGGAUGCGCUGCUGAAAGGAGGAGUGAGUGGAGACUAUGAAGAUGAUAGUAUCGACCUGCUGCAGUACUUCACGGUCACUUGCUACUCAGGCUACGGAGAUGAUGAGAAGGGCUUCUACACAGUCUACAGGAAUCUCUUUGAGUCUAUUGUUAAGGAGGAGAUUGAGCACAGAAAGGUGGACCAUGAGGAAGAGGAGGAAGAGUUUCCUGCUUUCGGAGACUCUCAGAGCGACUACGAUACCGUAGUGCACGUGUUUUACGGCUUCUGGCAGAGCUUCUGCACACUUAAAAACUUUGCCUGGAAGGAGGAGUAUGAUACGAGGCAGGCGUCCAACCGCUGGGAGAAAAGGGCCAUGGAGAAGGAGAACAAGAAGACCCGAGACAAGGCUCGAAAAGAGCGAAACGAGCUGGUGCGACAGCUGAUCGCUUUUGUUCGCAAGCGUGACCGACGAGUCCAGGCCCACAGGAAGCUGGUGGAGGAGCAGAACGCGGAGAAGAUCAAGAAGGUGGAGGAGCAGAGGCGGAAGCAGAAGCUCGAUCAGGCCAAACUGGCAGAGGAGUACAAGGAGCAGAGCUGGGCCGCCAUGUCUGAACUUGAGAAGGAGCUACAGCAGAUGGAGGCUCAGUAUGGAGAGGAGUUUGGAGAUGCGUCAGAGAGCGAGGAGGAAGAGAUAGAGAUGGAGACACGGGAGAAGAACGGUGAAGAGGGAGGAGAUCAGCCUGAUGAAGAGGAACUGAUUGACUAUUUCGAUGAUCUGUACUGCCCAGCCUGCGACAAAUCCUUCAAAUCAGAUAAAGCUAUGAAAAAUCAUGAGAAAUCCAAAAAGCACCGGGAGAUGGUGGCGUUGCUGCGGCAACAGCUGCAGGAAGAGGAGGAGUCACUCGGUUUGAAUGUGGACGGAAAAGAGGCAAGAGAGGACGAAGAUAAGCAGGAGGAGGAAGAAGAAGAAGAAGAAGAAGAGGAGGAAGAUAAGCCGAGGCAAAAGCUGUCCAAAAAGCAAAAGAGGAAAAAGAAACAACAGAAAGUAGUGCAUCAGAGUGCUCCAGAUGUGGAGGAGGUGGAGGAGAAGGAAGAGAAACCAACGCUGACCACAUGUAACGGAGAUGCCCCGGAGACGUCAGUGGACCCCACAGAGCCCGAGCAGCAGGAUGAACCCCCUCCCACAGAGGCCAAGAGCUCCGGGAAGACAAAAGGAAAAAAAGGAGGAAAAGACAAACCAAAGAAUGUCAAGUCUCACGCAGUAGAAGAACAGUGUGCCGAGAAGGAAUUAAUCCUCCGAUGUGUGACAUGUGACCACGAGUUCCCCACAAGAAACAAGUUGUUUGACCACCUGAAGACCAGCGGCCACGCCUCCGCGCUAUCCUCAAACGCUGCUCACAGCUCCAUGAGCAAGGGCAAAAAAGACAAGAGGAAGAACAGAUAACACAUCUUCAUCUGAGCCUGAAAGAGUUUGACUUAGCCAGACACAGGAAACAACACUUUGGGAUGUCUGUUAGUAGGAAAACAAACAACAAAAACAGCCUAUGAAAAUGGACUUUAAUGAACUGGCUUGGCUGACUGUGUGCAGAUAGUUUUUUAAAAUUCACAUAAUAUUGUGUCCAGUGAAACAACUGCGUAUGUAUGUGAGACUGAGACUUUUUUUUAAUGGCUGCUAUAACACAAUGUAAUUCAAUGUCUUUUUCCCCAGUUCCCAAUUUUCUGAAUUGAUAAUCCAGUGG